GUUACAUUUGCGCGUCAUGCGUGUCUUUUGCGGUUCGCACCUUCGCGCGGGGUACAACAACAACGUAACCUAAUUAGCAUUAUUCGUGGAGAUCAUGAACCUUGUAAGUGGAGUCUUUAGGGGCGUGAGCAUACAUUACAAUUACAGACGCGAACAAAUAUCUGCAAAACAUUGCUAAGGACACGUGAAAUAUGCCGCCCCUAACUGCGGACAGCAACAAGGAAGGAUUCUGGGGCGAAGCAACUGCGACGAUCGAUUGGUGUGAGGAAAACUAUGCCGUGUCAUCAUUCCUUGCUGAGUUUUGUAAGUGUUUAUUGAAUUGGUUCGGUGAUCUAAAAUACUAGCAGGUGUCGAAUACCACUUUUGCAAAACCAUUUCCAGAAUUGAAGCGUGCACCUUUGCUGCGAAAUCGAACGUUCGUGCAAAAAGGCAGGCCUAUCGAAUAAUCGAUCAACCGCGGAUAUAAAGAUCUAGAAAUUGGGUUUAAAGAUCAGGAUAUUUUUAAACUUCUUCUGAAACUCCACAGGCUACUUUCUUUUCGCGAAAAAGUUGUCACUUGAUUGACCAUUCAAACUAAAAUGUUGUUGGAGCUUUUGUAGAAGAACAACAAUCUUUUAUCAUAAUAACGAAAAACAACAGCCUCUUAUAUCACUCUAUAAGAUGCACCUGAGUGCUGAGUGACGUAUUUUUACCAAAGGUAUCUUCUCUGAGCUGUGAAAAAAUACAACAACGGCAACGACAGAAUAAUUUGGAAUGCGUCAACUGAUAUAACCUAAAUUACGUCUACUAAUAAGCAUGUUCCUCCCCGUUCACUUCAAUGUUACACUGGCUUUGUCACACAAAGUUGAAUAUAAUAAAAAGGGCUAUUGAUCUUGAAAGUCAAAUUUGGCUACUUGAAAUCAUUUACUUCCAAAAAUUUAACAGUAGUUUGUAGAUACAGUGGUAAUGAAAGCCAGCAAGAAUCAGAGAUGACAACAACGCUGCUGCAGUUCAUGUUGGGAGCUCUCCCACCUUGCACAAUCUUUUGUCUUAGUUUGCAAAUUUUUACUGAAAAAAAUUAAUGGGAUGUUUCUAUUGGUCAGUUUAUACAAAAUGAUCAAAAGACUAUUGUUUGUGAUGGUCCACUCCAAAAAAUGCUAACUGAAGAUGUUAUGAUGGACUAUAGCUCAACAGAUGUUUUUUGUUUUUUUUUUUAAUUAGACCUCUUUUUAUCUUGUAUCUUUUCUUUAUCAAGUGUAAGGCCAGCUGUUAAUUUGACACACACCCUUUAUAAACAAUAAUUAACAUUACAUGAAGUUCGUUAUUUACUCUAGAGAAAUAUUCCUUUUUAUAUUAUGUUUUGGAAGGUCUUUUUUAUCUUUGGUGAAAAUUUUAUUUUUCUCUGUUUUGAGUUAUGGUAACUAAUGAUAAUAAGUUUCAAACAAAGAAAAAUAAAAUUUGAACCACAACAUGUAUGUAUAAUUCAUGAAUAAAUAAUACAAAAGACAAAUUCCCAGAGAACAGCACAUGAGCUGAAUGGGAGAAACAGGACAAGCAAGCUAAAAUGUCUAUUGCAAUCACCACUUUGUUUGUUGUUGUUUCUUGAGUUAUUGAAUUUUGUAUUGUGCAUUUCUAUGUUUGUUUUUAUUGGCAGUUUCAGCAAAGUUUUGCAGUCGGGUUUGUGUAAAGUAAGAUGUAGUACUUCGUAGCUCUCCCACUCAUUUUAUCCUGGGCAGGGGGGUGGGGGUUGGGCUACUCCCUCUAAUUGAGUGUAUAGGGUACCUUUACUGUUGAAAAUGGCAUAAAAAGGGAAGAAGAUUGGUACCCUGGGGGGUGCUCAAGAAAGUUUUAUUUUGGCAUGGAAGCUCUGCCUACUGGUCCAACCCCUUACCCUUUUAUAUACCAGUUCUAACCAAAAAGUUCCCCCUUUCGUAUACCCUCUGUUAACAAAUGGUACCAUUUUCUUGGCUCUUUUACAGCCAAAAAACACAUCUGUUAACCCUUCUGGGCCUUUUUAUAGACCUAAAUGACAGAUUUCCCUACCCUUUUAUAUACUUUGAAACUAUGUGAAAUCACUACCCUUUCAUAUACCUGAAGCCUGAAAAAAGGAUCAACUCCUAUUGGGUGUAGCCUCCCUGUAUAGGCCGUUAUUCGGGGUACCCUCCCUGGAUUUUUAACUCUGGGCAGAGGCUACCCCUAUAAUAAUUUAUUGCUUUGUUCAGUGCCCCACAGGUACUUUAUGAACUUUUCCCACAAAAAUGAUAUGCCUGCAAACAUCUGUGUCAUAAGCUACAUGUACCCUGGCUCUGUGAGGAUGCAUUAUGUUUAAUCUAAAUUUUUUUUCCUGAUUUUUUUUCCUUUUGUCUUUCUUCCUUCCUCCUUUCCUUCUUUCUUUAUUUCUUUAGGGAACACAAUUAGCAACUGGUUGUUUUUGUUACCUACAUUAUUUGGAGCAUGGCUGUCAUGGAAAACCAAAUUGGAAAGACGCUACACCCUAACAUUCAUUUCAUUGUUUGGUGAGCCAAUUAAACUGAAAUUUGUAUUGAGAAAAAACUUUCAAGGUUGAAAAUAUAUCAGUGUGCAGCAUUUCCUUGAAUAAUCACUAAGGUUCUAAGAAGCUCGUUCCCCUAAAUGCACACCCACCCUCUCAACCAAAAAGUGGCUGACCCCGGGGGGAGUGGGGGGAGGGUACUGCCAUAUAUGCGCUUAAUGUGCCACCCUAAAGGGUAUGGUUUUCAAGCAGUUUACUCUGGGAAGUGAUGAAUAAAUCAGAGAGUUUGUGUCUAGAAUAGGGUAUCAUUUUCCAGGAAACUGAUCAAUUGGUUGAAGAUUUUAGUCUAGACUAAGGAAACCAGGAAUUGCCACUCAAAAGAAUAAAAGAGAUCUACUCUGAGAUAGGGGGAUGUGGGGAGUUUAGUCUAGUAUAGCAUCACAAAAUUCAGCUGAACUAGCUUUGGUAUAGGCUAAGGGUUCCAGUGUCUCUGCGGCACAUCCCCACCCAAAACGGUGAUGUGGCAGGUGUCAAAGUCCCUUUACUUCUCUCCCUUGAUCUCCCACCCUUUGUGUCUUCCUUCCGAUCCCCCACCCCUUUCGAUGCGUACUGUAGAGGCUAUUGUUGCAAACAAAUUUCCUCGAGUGUUUAUUCAAUUUGCAUAUGUAGCUAUAAAUUGUUUAUUGACAGAUGUAAAAAAAGUAAGAAAUACAGCUUUUUUGUUCUCAGUUUAAGACCACAAGAUGUAUUUUAACUAGACUGCAUUUUUCAGACUGAGUAAAUAGUUUUGGAUGGCUGACCAUGACACAGAUUCACAAAGAGAGUGUUGAGGAGAAAUGGAAUUAGUAAAGUUGUCUCCUUUGUUGUUUUUGUUGUUUCUUCAGUUGUGGGAAUAGGAUCCCUUUGUUUCCAUGCUACAUUGCUGUAUGAAAUGCAGGUGAGAUUUUGUUUAACAGCAAAGAGCUCCCUUAUUAAUGUAAGAAAAUAUGGGGGUGAUGACCGACCAUCAGCCUGCACCUCAUGUAAAAACUGAAACCAGAAUAAGCUCUGUCUUCAAUUUGGGGCUCCAUGCCCUUGUGUUUGCAUUUUAAUUUUUUUAGCUUAGUAAUAUAAUCUUUACUUUCUGACCAAUGCAAUAUUAUUGGUUUCUUCAUUGUAGCUUCUUGACGAACUUCCAAUGAUUUAUUGUACUUGUAUCAUGAUAUUCUGCAUGUAAGUAAUUUUUAUACCCUUUCUUGUGUCCCAAAUUAAUCAUAGGUAAGAUGAUUUAUGUACGGUCUUUUUUUUUUCAUGUCUUGUUUUCAGCUGUCAGUGUUCUUAUCACCCACGGCAACACAACACCACUCUCUUGUUGGUCCUUAUCUUUUGUUGCUCUAUGAUUACUUUGGUAAGUAACCAUACAUGAGACAUGUUAACCCUUUAAGCCCUGAGCAUCAAAUUUCUCCUUGUUAUAUCAAUGCUUUGUAAAACAGAGUGAUCAUAAGAAUUACGGACAUGAUCACACAAGAUGAAUUUGCUUGAUAUUUUAUCAACUUCUCCCCACUACUUCGGUAGGAAAUGAAUAGAAGCAACAAAGGAGAAUUCAAAUUUUGAUCUUAGGGUUUAAAGGGUUAAUACUAGCUGUUGAGAACUGUUAACUAGCUUGAUGACUAGGCAAUUAACAAUUAACAAUAAAAAUAAUAAAUGUAUUAUUAUUGGUUGUUUGAUCACUCAUAUUGGGUGAUUCCAGAAAAUAUCCAUACCCUACCACGGGUGGCAUGAGUAUUUUAACUCCCCCUUGCCCUCGGAAAUUCCAAAAUGCUUAUCCCCCCCUUGCCCUCCGAAUUCCAAAAUCGCUAACCCCCCCUUCUCCUCCGGAAUUUUCCACUUUUGUUUCAGACCCUUUGGAAUUCCUGUUCGUCUGCCUAUAAAUCUUCAAACUAACGAGAAACUUGCACUUUUUCCCUCUGCAAAAGAAUUAGCAAUAAAAGAGGGUUGUAGGCCUACACGACUUUUACCUCAUGCCAAAAUGCUGCUUAUUCCAAUAAAGUUGUUUUUAUCUGCUGGGUAGAUUGUGCUCUGGAAGGUUCUGCAUUUAUACUGAGCAAAUGUGAUUUUAGCCACAUGUUUCACACCGAGAGGUCAUGACAUACAUAUCAAUUGACAGUAGUUAUUGUUUUCUGGUCGGCAGGAUUUGCCUUCUGAUGCAUUAAGCGCAUUUUCUUAGACCUCUUUUGAAGCGUAAAGCUUUUUUAUUACGGCUGAAUAAGGGUUCCAAUUUUCUCCAAAGUGCCUUCUGGAUCUGAAUAGCUAAGCGAUUUUCUUUAGUCCGUGAGUGUAAUGUUUUUCUGCAAUGCUGUAUCAUGCUGGGCCCAGUUCGUCAGUUUUCUUUGCAGAAUGUUAAAUUAUCACGGAUAGUGACUUACAGAUCCAAUAUUAUAAGAGUGAACUGCAGCUUAAACUGAAGCUACAUAAACUUACUAUGGAGAAUUGAAUUGUGACUCAGUAAACUCCAGCUUAGUGUUUUUCUAAAGAUAGUGUGAGUCUUUUGACUGGAGCACGUAGUUCCUCCCUUGGUUAGUUCCUCCCUUGCUACAUGUUGGCGUGAAAAUCGGCGUGAAAUGCAAAAUCUGUCAGGCGUUCUAUUUGGAAACGAGAGACUGGUGCGAGUUUUCAGCACGCAACAACACAUCGUCGAUCGACAAUCGGCGAGAAACACCGACUUGGUUAUAUUUUUAUUAAUCAGUUGACUAAUUCAUCAACUUUAAGGCCUCUUCGAUGUGGAGCUUGCUGUACAACCCAUCUGCUUACCCAUCUGCAUGAACGCAUACUUCUUCCGUGGUCGGUUCGUGCUUCAUUUACAAACUGGGAAUGUUAACAGGUCAGCGAUUUCAAGCGGAGCUUUCGCCGUCUUUCCUCCGGAAAUUCACUGAAUUCAGAGCUGAAACACCCCCCCAUGCCUUUGGAAUUCCAAACUGCGUUACCCCCCCACAUCUUCGGAAUUCCAGUCCAAGAAACCCCCCCUCUCCCUCGGAAUUCCAAGAUGCCGCCCGUGGUAUGGUAUGGAUAUUUUCUGGAAUCACCCAUUGACUGUUUUGUUUUGUGAAUUUGAGUAUGUGUGAUCUGUUGUGUGGGUAAGUUCAAUGGUUGGUAUUGAUUGAUUGGUCCUUUCAUUGGACUGAUUGAUCAUCUUUCCCUGAUUGUAACUGCAAUUAAACAACUGGUUGAAAUAGACUGAUAAUUUUUAUGAUAUGACUAAUUGGAGAAUGGUUGAGUUACUUUUUUUAAUGCUUAUUCGAUUUCUUCUUUGAUCAAUUUUUUUGACUGAAAUUCUCUAAAUUGAAGUUUGCUAUUUCUUUGCUUUAGUGAUUCAUUUAUUGAUCAAAGAAGACUAAUUUUCAUAUAAUGCUUGAUUGUUUUUUAUUGCUUUCUUGAUUCUUUUGUAGCAGUUGUAAUUGGCUAAUAAUGUUAAUCUGCUCUUUUUGCAGGUGUAUUUAACAAUAACAAAUCCCCUUGUAUUCCAGGUAUAGGGCAAAAUUAAUGUCGAUAUUGAUUCUAUAUUGAAAUUUAUAAAAAUCAAGAUAAUUAAAGUGAUGCAAUCAUUUAAUUUCUUGUGCACUGUUAAGACCAUCAGUCUGCACUAAUUUAGCUAACAAUGGUGCCAUGAUGUCUGUCUUCUUUCAGUGGGCGUAUGGAAUUCUUGUUGCAGCUCUGGUUGUUGUUGCUCUAAUUUCUUGCAGGUAAGGGCAGACAUUCUUUGAGCACAAAAAUUAAUUUCUGUAAAGAUGUAUAAUCUGUUUUACUACUGGAUUCUCUUUUACUAAUGAUCUGAGGAACAAAAUGGUAUAUUUCCCAGGGGAGACUUCCAUUUCAAAAGGGAAGUAUGCUCAUCUGAAAAUUGGCCCAGGAUUAUAUCCCAAAAGCAGACCAGUUAGGUACAGUUCUAGCCCCAGUUCAAGGAAUUCACCACCUUCCCCUCCCUGGGGAUAUUUUCAGGCUGUGCCUCACACUUUUAUUUUGUAAACACAUUGCAGGAUGAAAAGAAUUGUCACCAGAGGCCGGGGAUGGUUUUUUUUCUAUAAAAAUGUGAAUUGUGGAUGUUGCUCAAAUAUAUGAUUCUUUUUCACCCCUUAAUGAUAUCUAAAGAUAAUUUUUGGAUUUCAUCCAAAGUCAUUCCAUGAUAACUCAUGUAGAAGUCAGCAUGAUUGUGAUAUCAAAUCCAGUGGCAUAGCUAAAACCCCCUGCCCUCUCCCCAAUGGUUUGGGAAAAUAUAUUUUGCCCUCUCUGUUUUAUGCAUUACAGAUUUCAUCAGCCUAAAAUUGUCCUUUAUUUUUCAUUUCAGAAAACACAGAGGUUCCUGGAAGCUUCUAACCAUAUCACUUGUAAGGUAUUAAAUACUUCAGUUUUCAACAAUAGCCAGUGUAAAAUUCCAUGCAAGAAAGAGGAGGUCAGCAUUGUUAUCACUAAGAACUAAUGCCAUGUAUGUCUGGUCAUGCAAUUAAUUUGGCAUAGGUAUUAUGCAUUAUACUGAAAAAUUUAACAAGUUUUUAUUCUUGGCAGAAAUUUAAAUUUGGAUUCACCUUGACUCUACAGUGGAAUUCAAAAUCAAUUUGCAUUCAAUGGAAUCUUGUAAAAAAACUUAAUUUUUUGCAAGAAUGCAUUGAAAAAUACUCUGGUAUUAAAGAUUAUGUGCAGUAUAUAUGGUUACCAAUAUUCUUAAAGUUAUCUGGUCCCAAACCUGAUCCUGUAUUAAGUAAACCUUUAUUAAGUGGUCACCUGCUAUCAAACAGACACUUGCCAAGAUCAAUUCACAUAUAUUUUUUUGUCUAGGGUUGAUUCAUAGGUAGGCUCAGAGGGGGGCCCUUUUUCUGAAAGUUUGUUAAAAUAUUUAAGAAUUUUCAGUAAAAUUAAUUUUUGGAUGCUGUAGAUGCUGCCAGAGUUCUCUUGACACCAACUAAGAAGAACUAUAUAGCUGGCAUAUUAAGUCUUCUGGCUCCCUCUUUUCUGGUUUUGCCCUUGUUUUUUGUCUACACCUGUACUAAAUUGUGAACCUGUCAUAAGCUAUCAGAUGGUGAACCUUAUUCAAAAUUCUCAUGCCAUCUAAACACAAUUGAGUCACAGUCCUCAUAAACUUUCAUUCCAUUAUUAUAACCUUCCCAUAUUGUGAACCACACUAGCCUGCAUAGCAGGUGCUUGGAAGUAGUGGGCCCACCCCUUGCGUGUCUCCCUCGCGCGCGCUCGUUCUCUCUUUCGCCCGCUACUUCCAAGCGCCUGCUACACAGGCUAGAACCACACUAUAUAAUAAUAUUUUACACAUGAAUAAAUAUAGUUAAUCAUUGUGUUCUAUUUCUUAUAAUCCACUUUUAGCUAUGCCACUGGAUUUAUUUUUUGGAACAUUGACAACAACUUUUGCUCCUCUGUGAGGUAAGAGGUACUACAAAGUGUCGGUUGCAGCAUUAAAAGGCUGACUCCCUAGAUAAUAUAUACAGUUGAACUUCAAAGUGCGACCACCCCUCGUAAGUAACCCUGAAUCCAAAACACCAAAAUUUGCCCAGUCAAAGUGUUACAGUUGGAAUUUGUAGUAAAUGACCACCUCCUGUAAGCGACCGCGACCACUUUUUGGGCCUGAUGGUUUAUGAUUUUACAUUGUUUUUAACCUCUUGUAAGCGACCACUUGACACAUUCUCCGAUCUCUAUUUUCUCUGUGUGCACUAUAUUCUACUAAGAAUAUACGAAGAACUUUAGUCACAACGUGGAACUAUACAUGGCGUAACUUAGACAUUGCAUGCAAUAAACAAUUAUCUUCCAUAAAGUAAAAGUGUCUGGACCUCUUCUCGGAAGAGACCCCCUGUGGUUCGAUUCUUAUUAAUAUAGGCGACCACUCAGUCUUUGCAUUUAGGGUGGUGACGUUUACGGGAGAUUCGACUGCAUAAUUAUAUUUAUCUGUAAGUGGUAUGUGCAUUGCAAAAGCCAUGAUUUUUGACCCCCACUGGUGUGAAGUAGGUAUAGACUUCAACCAUCUUAAGGUACAGACAAACGGGUAACAAAAAACGCGCAAUUUGUCUUGCAACAUUGCUGCAAAGCGAGUUGAAUAGCGAUGUUGCGCGUUUCACCACCAACGUUCAAACCUGUUAACAACCUGAUUUGUUGCAAGACAGGUUUGAUGUGGCUGGUAAAACGCGCAACAUCGCUAUUCAACUGAUUUUGCAGCAAUGUUGCAGGACAAGUUGAGCGUUGUCUGUUGCCCGUUUUUCGAUACCUUUAGCCCUUUCAGGGCGCCAAUUUUAUUCUUGUUUAAUUCCUUGCAGAUUGCAACGAAAUCAAUUCCCUGUACCCAUGAGACCAUUCUUACAACUACACGCCGUAUGGCAUACUCUAGCAGCUAUAGGAUCUUACUAUCACAUUCUUUUCAGGUAUGUAAAUAAAAUAUAAAUUCUCGUUACAAAAAUCUUCAGUUCGUUCAGGAGAUCAUAACCCGGAGGGAGUAACUUCCAUGUACUUGUUUCACGGCGUUUUCACCGGCCAGUUUAUUUUUAGAACUGUUAGAACGGUUCUGGCACGAAUUUAGAAUACAGUCAAACCUCGUUAAUAUGGACACUAAGGAGGCCAUAGAAAUUGUCUGUAUUUACGGGGUGGCCGUAUCAGAAGUGGGUUGGAUUUAGAGAAAAUGUAAGGUCUUUCUUUCCCCAGGGACAAAGAAAACUGUCCGUAAUAAUGAAGUGUGCGUAAAGCGGGGUUUGAUACCUACUGACCUUGUAAUGACGUUUAGUUUUCCUUUUUGAUAUCUUAUGCUUCGAAUGCGCUUAUAGACGGGGAAGAAAAUCCCAUUUUCGUUGGAAAAUUACUCUAAAAUGUAUCUUAAAAUAAACCGGUCCCCCUCGGAAACGCCUGGGGGCGUACUCCUGGGAAUUCUUGGUGGGGAUGUACCGCCGGGUCCUCGAAAUUCUGGCCCUACUUCGGUAGUACCCCCCUAGGUUCUCUGGGUGGGGUGGGGGAGGGCACCUUGGGAACUGACUGGUGCAUGAAUUCUAAACGGAUGGCGAACGUAUAAAAGAAAACUGUACAACAAAUCGCCAUUAACCGGCCCAAGAGAUCCAGAGUUAGCAAUAAUUACAACCCAGAAACAGGAAAAAUCAGUCAUCAUUAUGUUAACCUGCGAAAACAGUUGUUUCUCCUUGCUCUUCGCUCUUCGCCGCUGAGGACGUUUCGCGCGAAACGCCCCCAGCGGCGAAGAGCGAGAAGAAGCGGCUGUUUUCUUGUGUUUUCUCUUUUUUUGUGUGUAUUGUGCUGCUGUCAUCUUAAACUUAGGUUGCUUAUGGAAAACUAUCUGCACAUUUUCAAGCAUUUUUCUGGUGCAAAUAACUUUUUUUUUUCAGGUAUCUUAAAAAGUGGUCUCUAGUUUGUAAAUUAACAAAUUUAUUAUAUGGCUGAAUCCGCGAGCGGGCAAGAUGGGCCCGCUCGGGAUUUCCCGAGUUGUUCCCGCAAGAAAAAAGUUCUCUUUUUGGCCAUAUAGUAAAUCCCUUAUUGACCAAGCAUGUUUGGUCAAGAUGGCUAGAUAUUGGCCUAGUUCUUUGAUGUGUUUUUAUUGACCAAGACGAAGUCAGGUUCAAAAAAGAACUUGGCGAAUAUUAAGGCAUCUUGAUCUCACGCUUGGUUAAUAACUCAUACGUGUAUAUGACAUUCAUUCCAUUCGCUUUUCAUUCUUUAGCAUAGAUCUAAGGCUGCGAUGCCUUGGAAGAUCCCCCGCACUCAAGGUUUGUUGGUGAAUAUCUUAUCAGAAAUAUCCCUUAUUGUGUCCUAGAUUAUUGCCCCCGCAGGGAUUUCGCCCAGAAGGCGAAAUCCCGAGGAGGCACUUCUAGUAACUCGCGGUUAUAUUAAGGAAAGUACUUACAGUCGAAAUAUCCAGUCAUACAGUCAAUAUAGAAAAAAUUUCGAUUUGCUUGAACAGGGGCCGUGAGGAAUCGGUAGGUAAUGAUGACGUUUCUAUUGUUUGCGCCCGCAAGUACGAAAUGAUUAGGAUGACGUAAAGACAGAACAUUCCCAAGGGACCGCUUAGGUAGAUUUUGUGACAUUUAUUGUGCAGUCAUACUUCGACACUCUUUUGCGUUACGUGUUAUCAGUGACAUUCUGUGGAGCAGUUGUUUCAGUGAAAGUUAUGGACCAAAAUUUUAACGACACUCGUUAAGCGCAGAAGAAGUUAUAAGGUGCGUAUAACUGUGUAUAAUAUAUAAACACUUGGAGAGUUUGCCAGACACGAGUUCACAAAUCUUUCAUUGGAAACCUUGCCAGACACUCUUUCUCUCUCUUUGACCGGAAUGAGACUCAGCCCCAAACAAGCAAGACGAGUGAACAACGGCUAGAUUCUCACUAGCAGAACGAUGGACGAUUACAGAAAUUCGCCGACAAUCAAAUUCUGUGCUGACUUAUUCCCUGCUCGCAGAUGUCCUUCCACUAUAAAGUUUCAAAUAAGACUAGAAUGCGCGAGUUUGAAUUGAUCAAACGUCCUUUUAAUUUCUAAGGCUUCCUUUCCGGCAAAUAAAAUGAACUAAAUGUAAAAAGUGGAAGAGAAAUAGCGAAAAAUUCAACUUCUAAUUAAAUAUUCUUGAAACUGAGAAUGUUUUGAUCAAAGCUGUGUAAAUCGACCUGAAACUGUGCAUGGAACCUUGCGUUUCCUGUAUUUAUCUCACCUAUUGUACGGAAUAUGUAAGAAAAUCUUCCUUAUGAAUCAGUAUAUUUCAAAGAGCUACACAACGAGCAAGAAUGCUAUUGACUGACAAUAUACAGAGCGGGGGCAGCUGUAGUGUCAACUAUUACUAGUCAUAUUUAAAUUGAUAAAGCACCGCGACGCUUUAUAUAGCCUGCGUAGCUGCGUAGCAAGCGUUUCCGUGUGCUUUCGGAGCAAAGAAACGACGUGUGCAAAAUCGGCCAAGUAAAAGAGGAGGGAGGGGGAGGGAAAGGAAGGAAACCUCCCCUCUCCCUCACCCUGUUUCCUUUUUUGGCGCUCGUUCCAUUUUUCGCACGGUCAAAAGCGGAAAUCCCGUUUUUAGGUCUUUUUUGCUUUCUUCUGAAACCCCACGGAGACGCUUGGUACGCAGGUUUUCUCGGUGCGCGCUUAUUUGAAGGCUACGCAUUUUCGCAAGCGGCGCUUAUUGCUGUUGUUGUUUUUUCUUCCUUUUGUUAGAAAAACGAUACGAACAAUUGUAAGAACAUAACAAUAAGUUAGUUUUAACAGUCUAUGCCCCCUUCCAGAUCCAAACCUAUAGCAAUAACCGUAAAUAAACAAUCAAAAUCAAUAAGCACCCCUUGUUUUUGGUAUAGGUUGCGGUGUUUUUAUAUAUUUUGAUCCUAAGGGCGGCGCUUAUUGGCUUAUCGGUGGUCCAUAAAGGCCCAACAAAUGUACCAAUCAGAUCAUGGCAGCAUUGAGCGCGGGAAAACUCUUGCGAGCCAGUCACGAUCAGUGACGACUGGUUUUGGUUUCACUGCAAGCCAAUCAUCCAAUCCAGCCAAUCACAAAGCGCGCGCGCAGCAUUGCAAACCAGAGCUAGUUCGAAGUUGCUUUCGAUAUCCAAUUGAAUUUGGGAUACUCAUAUGAAGACUGUGUUAAUCGUGAUUUAUUGUUUUUUUCUUCAGCUUUACCGUGAUUGGCUGCCCUUUGUCUACUCAAAAGAUGCUCUGUCAAAUGGCGUUCUCCCGACCGUGGCCCAGAAGGCAGCCAUUUUUCUACUGCUGUUUGGUCUUAUCUUGAAACUCUUGAAAUAGGAUGGAAUUCGUACAGCAUUUACUUAGGUAAUCUACUUGUUUAAAGGUAAUUUAGAAGGGACUUAGCGCAAUAUAAAAAAUAUAAGUGAGGGGUGAAAUGAUUCAACAUAGAUGUUUAGAAAAUGAAUUAAAUUAUUUAGCUACUAAGUAGAAGCAGAAACCCAUAACUGGUAGAAGUAAAUUUCGUACUCCAGUAUAAUAUGGUGGGUAGAAUGUUAGGUAAAUUCUUUAAAAUAUGGUUUUGUAAGGUGAAAAUUGGUCGAGAAAAUUGUUCCCAAAAAAUUGCAGUGCUUCCCCACGGUUUCUAAUGAUCCUUUUGUGGUGGCAAAUUGAUAACUAGCUUUAAUAAAUUCCCGCAGGCUAUGAUAUUUUCAUAUUUUUCAAUAGGUAGUAAACUGUCACGGAAAAUCACAAUAAAUUAAUAUUUUUGCAUGGGGUAAUUAAAUAUCCAUUCAGAAAUUGGGUAAUCAGGAAUUUCCUUACGUGGGUUUAAAAUAUGAAUUUAAUGAAUUCUCCAUACAUAUUAGUAAACUGAAUUUUAAUUAAGAGCAUUUGUAACACUUCAGCUGCAAGCUGUUUAACAAUUAUUCCUCGAGCCCGAAUGGGCUCUGAGUCAAUAGUCCAUGAGGCCGAAGGCCGAAUGGGCUAUUGACUCAGAGGCCAUGAGGGCGAGAGGAAUAAUUGUCUUAGUAAAAUCCAACUAGUUGGUCAAAAAUAUCGAGAAUAAAAAAAUUUUAGCUAGUUAAAAGCUAGACUUUAAUCCUUUUUUUGCCGCCAAAAAAGCCCGCGCUUUUCGCUACUAGAAGGCUAUAACAUAUAGCCCAGUAGUAGCUCAACCAAUCAGAACGGAGCAUUGAUGAUAAACCACUAGUUGGAUGUUACUAAACAGUGUUAUGCGACGAAUUCCCCCUGUCUGCGUCGAACAACUCAGCCUGAUCGUUUCUGAGCGUUCCGCCCAAAAAUAAAAUUGAUAAAGCUCUUCAACCUUAUCACCAUGGUCUUCUCGUUUUGCAAUAUGUCACCGCCAUUUUGGAAAACGAGAAGUCCCUGGGGUCAAGGUUGAUAAAUCCCAGCAGGAAUAGCGGUUUCCCAUUGGCCAUUUAGAAAUUGCGCGUGAGACUGGGUCGAUUUUGUCACGAAUUGUAUUAUGGGACUGUUUUGGGGACGCUGCGACGUCAGGUUACCAUGGUAGCAAUAUUUCUGGAUCUCAGCAAUCUUUCUUAACAGAGACGGCCAUUUGCAUUGUCGAACGAUGAAAGAAACGUAUGGGUUACCGUUUUGUUUCUCAUUGCAAUCAAGCUUAGGAAAGUCAUACAUGUCCGCAUUUUUGGUUUCGCUUUUUUCUGCCAUAUCUGCUGGACCAAGGUUUUUUCAGAUCCAGAAAUUGCUAGAAAUUUACUACCAUGGCAACGUGACGUAAACGACUUCUCCUCUCUAUACAGCCCAGUUUGUAAGCGAACAGCUUAUAUAAAAUGGCCACAGAAAUUCGUGAAGGUAGUGGAUAGUUAGCCUGCGUUGCAGCCGGUCCACGCACUAGUCGAAACCAUUUGUUGUAUACAGUUGUUUCGUAAAAAGGUUGUCGGAAAAAGUGCACGCGACAAUCCCGAAAGGUAUUGUGGGUGGUUUUGAGUUUACUGUUCUUCAAAGAAAUUUGAAAGAAUGGCACGAGAGGCCAUGGACGUAUGUUCGUACGUGCUGAAGGAAAGCAAAAAAAGAUGUGUUGACAGCUACAGUGUCUGGAACGGUGUAUUGAUCAUAUCCCGUAUUUCCUUUCGGGAACGUCGCGUGCACAUUUUUGCGGACAACCUUUCUCGAAAUAGCUGUGUACAGAAGGUUUAGAGCGUCUUGCGACGCAGGCAAUAGAUAGUCCGUUGUCUGUGUUUAUGAAUUAAGUUCUGAGUGUGUUGAUGUCCGGUAUGUGCGCCAUUGCACAUAUCGGAAGAGGUGUUGUUAUAUUCCACAAGUUGUUGUAAAGUUUAAGUUAAAGCGAACAUUAUAUUUAUAUUUAUUAUUCUUAGGUGAUACUAUAAUAUACAAGGUAGUAUAAUAUCUAAGUUAAAACGUAUUUAUUUCGUUUUGUAACGUUGAAUUAUUUAGCGUUAAAUCAAAGAAUUUGUGUAUACAUCCAGACAAACUGGCCGAGUUUGUUCGAAGACAAGCUACCACCAAUUCACCAUUGCCACAUCUCUUAUAACAUUUGUUUGCCUCCCCCCACCACAUACCCUGGGUGCCAGAGGCUUUUCAUGCGCGGUUUCCGGUUUCGGUCAAAAAGUGACCCGCACGAAAAGCUUCGCCCCUUGUGUCUUCGGCCUUCGGCCGAACACGUGUCGGCCUGUGGCCGACGAAACGAAGCUCCCCGUCGCACGCGAGAAGAAAACCUCUGGUACCCAGGGUACUCACCACAAUAAAAGGUGCAUAAUCUUAAUUUUCAAUUUCUCCUGGUUAUUACAAGCAUCCCUAGAGAAAUUGAAGAAAACGCUUGUGCAAACUAUUGGGCAACAAAGAAGGUGUAUUAUGAACAGCUCCGCCCGGUACACCCCGUAUGAGAGUGCGUACUAAGUUUCAUAAGUGAUCACCCAUUUGUAUAGCGUGUGCAUUAGUUUAUUAGUUUUUCACCAGACACUGUUUUUGUUUUGUAACGUAUUUAUCGUGCUUGGUGUCAUUUCCCUCGCUUAGAGCAAAGCUUCACAAAUAAAUUUACC